UCCUUUUUUUUUCUUUUUUCUUUUUGACUUUUUGUGAGCGAUGAACUGCUUAGUGCUGAAUCUACUGAUUCAAAUUUCAAAGUUGGCUCGAUCAUCAAAUCAAACAAACACCUGAGAAGUUUGUGUCGUGUUACGCAACACACUCAAAGCUUGAUUCUUCAGAUUUCCGAAUCCCGACGUAAGCUGAAAAAACACGAAUUGGCUCUUAUUCAUAUUCCUAUUCAGAAAAAAACCAAUUUUGGAGGAACGAUGAAUAGUUCAUCGCCGGCUCACUCUUCGCUAUCGACGACGGCGGUUGUAGGCGGUGGUGGUGGUGGCGGCGGCAGCAGCAACGCCACUGUUUCCAUUGACGAUUUCCAUCUCCCUUGUGAUCCCAUCUCAUCGCAAGAACGGAAAGACGAGGCCAUGAUAGUUUUAAAAUCAGAUCUCAUGGCUGCACUCGACAAGGAAGUUAAAUCCUUGGUUGAAGAUAACUGGAAGUUUGAAGGGCCUCGUUCGCGGAUCCACCUAGUAUCACAUCGAGGUGGUCAUCUCUAUAGGCCAACAGAAAUUUCUAAGAAUUGGAAUUUGACUCCACCAAAAUAGUUGGAACACUCACCUUGUAACACUGUGCCUCUAUUAUAAAGUGAUUAUGGUUGUGAUCUGCAGAUAAGAACUGCUAUGCCAAUUUCUUUCCCCCGUGGUAGAAAACACAGCUGUUAGUUGUUACUCUACAUCUUCAGGUGACAUGACAUGUAGUUCUGUAAGGGCAUGAAGAUUGCAAAUGAAGGUUCUUUCUAUGCAAGAUUGUUAGUCACAUUUUCUGCUAGUCUUUCUAACUGGGUCGAGAAGCUGGUGUUUUUAACAUUUAUGUGGUAUUAUUGCUCUUAUUUCGAGGGAUCAAUGAUUAAUUGCCGUUGAUUGUUCGUAAAACUAUCUAUCUAUACAGAGGGAUUAAAUUA